AUCUAGUCAGCCGAUCAGAACUUGCCACCCAUCAGUAGGCCCCGCCGGAACUCGACUGGAGAUUCUGCGUGCGCCGCUUGUCUCUUUCCUCUAUCAUGUUUUUCUCCGCCCAGGGGGUAGAUUGUGAAACUUAAAGGAAGGAGCCGCUUUCUCGCGCCUUAUUAGUAGGCGAGUUCCAAGGCAACACGGGGCCGUCUGGGUUUGGGGGAACGAAGGCUAGGCCACAGGAGCGCAGGGAUUGGACAGAAUGACCUCUGAAAAACAGUCAAAGAACAAGAAAUGGUUGAAAACAUUUGAGUAUCCUUCAGAAAAGGAGGCAAAAUCAACUAGGAAAAGGAAACGAGAUCAGGGGGAACUGAAAAAUGAGCUACAAACAAAGAAAUUGCUUGUCAGAAAAAUCUCCAAGCUUCCAGAGAAAACUGGUCAGACUUUCCAUACCUCCAUAAUCAGAAAUACAGGAACACCUUUUUAUCAGCAAAAGAUGCAGAAGAGCAUUAUCCAUUAUGUCUACCAACAUAUGCUGGGUUCCUCUGUUGGGGCACAGCUCAGGAAGUGUCUCCAGAUGCCUUUUAUACGUUCCCUCAACUCAUACUGCUUGUUCAGAACUGCAAGUCCCUUUGAUAGGAGAGUUACAUGUCUGGAGUGGCAUCCAACUCAUUCCAGCACAGUUGCUGUGGGCUCCAAAGGUGGAGAUAUCAUCCUGUGGGACUAUGACGUGCUUAAUAAAACCUGCUUCAUAAAAGGGGUGGGAGCUGGAGGGUCCAUCACAGGAAUGAAGUUUAACCCUUUUAAUCCCAGUGAGCUGUAUACAUCAUCACUUGAUGGAACUACUGUCCUCCAGGAUUUUAAUGGGAAUGCAAUCCGGGUCUUCGCCAGUACCAACAGCUGGGAUAUCUGGUACUGCAGCGUAGAUGUAUCUGCAAUUUGCCGGACUGUGGUAACAGGUGAUAAUUUGGGCAAUGUCAUCCUAUUCAGUACAGAAGGUGAAAAGAUAUGGAACCUGAAACUGCACAAAAAAAAAGUAACUCAUGUGGAGUUUAAUCCUAGCUGUGAUUGGCUUUUGGCUACAGCCUCUGUAGAUCAAACUGUCAAAAUCUGGGAUCUGAGAAACGUAAAAGACAAAUCAUGUUGCCUUCAUGCACUUUCUCAUGAUAAACCUGUCAAUUCAGCUUAUUUCAGCCCAACAGAUGGUUCUAAGCUACUGACUACUGACCAGCACAGUGAAAUCCGGGUUUAUUCCUCUUCUGACUGGUCCAGACCACAGCAUCUGAUUCCACAUCCCCAUCGGCAAUUUCAGCAUCUCACAUCUAUCAAGGCAACAUGGCAUCCUCUUUAUAACCUCAUUGUAGCCGGUCGUUAUCCAGAUCCUAAGUUCCCAGGAUACACAGUAGAUGAGCUGCGAACUGUCGAUAUAUUUGAUGGAGACAGUGGGGAAAUGGUGUGUCAACUGUAUGACCCAAAUGCAUCUGGCAUUAUUUCGCUCAAUAGGUUUAACCCUAUGGGAGACACACUAGCCUCUGGAAUGGGUUUUAAUAUUCUAAUCUGGAGCCGGGAGGAAAUGGUAACCAGAAAACAAGAGUGUCUCAUGCAAGCUAUGACAGAGCAGGGAAUUGGAGGCAGGAGUUUAUCUCAGCAAAGAGGACCAAGGCAAUCAAACACUGGAACAAGUAUACUUAAAACUAAACUACUCAGUCUGGAUGUUGAGGGAAGUAAAACAAAGAGCAAAGAAUGUGCAUUACAGAAGAAACGGAAAGGAAAGGAUUCAGAGGACUGACUUGACAACAGUGGCUUCAGAGGGAAUGAGCCCUUUAGUCCAUCUUCUCUGGUUCUAAUGGAUGCUGCUGUGUUGGCAAAGCAAGACACCUUUAAAAAAAACAGCAGCAAGGAAUGGGAGCACAGUCAUGUGGUUUUUGGUGGUGCUGCUUCUGUGCAUUGCUGCUGAUUUUCAGUCAUCUGGGAUACAGUAUAAGGCAAUGAGCACGGCUAUGCUGGCAGUGCAAUUUGUAUUUUAGAACUGGCUCUCUUCCCUUCAGUAUAUUGAGCAACCUGGGUGCUUUUCCCUCCCAUGCUGGGCUCACAAUGCAAGAUUUUUUUCCUUCAGAGAAACAUGGGGAUUCUUUCCCACUACCCUUCCUCAAGCAAGAUAUAGUUUGAGUCUGUUGUUUCAACACCUGGGGUGUAGGUGUACAAAUGCAGAGCCAUCUUGUCGUGACUGGCAGAAGCUGAGGUGCAGCUGCUGCUAGUGGGAAUUUUGUAUUUGUUCUCUUAUUCACUUUAUGUUCACAAUAUCAAGAUGUUAAAUAAAGUUUUGUAUAGAACAAA